ACUUUAAUCAUCAUCAACAUGGCUGCCGCGGACCACGUCAGCGCAGAUCGUCCUCGUUUCUACCAAAACGAAAGCUAUCUACACGGUUUUCUUGGAACUGUGGGUGACUUACAGAAGGAUGGGGUACUUCAGGAUAUCGUCCUUGAAGUCGAGGGCCAGCGGUUUCCCUGCCAUCGGCUUGUUCUGUCCGCGGCCAGCCCGUACUUCAGGGCCAUGUUUACGAGUGACAUGGCGGAAAGUCGGAAGGAAACGGUCGUUUUACAGGGCUUGGAUGUAGACAUUUUUGGGGAGAUCCUGAGUUACAUCUACUCGGGAACCAUCCAUGUGUCCAUGGACAAAGUGCAGCCCCUGUACCAGGCAGCCGACCUCCUCCAGCUGGACUAUGUGAGAGACACAUGCGGCACCUACAUGGCCAUGAACGUAGAGGGCUCCUCCUGUGUGGACCUGUACAAGUUUGCUGAUGUCUUCUCUGUGGACAUUGUCACAAAGAGUUGUCUGAAGUGGAAGGCCAGUCACUUUACUGAGGUUGCCUCGAGUGAGGAGUUCUGCAGCCUGGGUAUGAAUGAGCUGACAGAUAUCAUCAGCCACGAUGAGCUGGAUGUUAAAGAGGAGACAACAGUGUGGGAGGCUGUGGUGAGAUGGGUACAGCACAGCAGGAAAGACAGACUGCACCACCUACCCAGCAUCCUCCCUCACAUCCGCUUCAACCUGCUGACCUCAGACGACACGGCAGCCAUUUUGAAACACCCGCUGGUCAAGGAGAAUCGUAAGAGUUCUGAGGUCAUCAGAAAGGUGACACAGAAAGGGAAUCCCAACCUGAGGCCGAGGCUUGGAAUGUAUACAGAAGUGGCCAUACUGAAAAAUUGGGCCGAAAAUGGCAUUGAGCUCCUCUUCAUAAACCCUCGGGGAGGUAAGUUCAUCAGCUGCACUUACAGCCCAGAAGACCUUCCUCGUCCUUCACACAUGACAGUCACCAGUGAUAACGAGAUCUAUAUCCUGACAAGAGAGGAAUCAGAGGUUGAAACUCAGCUGUCCCUGUUUAAGUACAACCCUGCUAAAAACGUGUGGGAAGAUGCAGGUGUGCCCUCAAUAUCUAGAGAGCGGCAUCAGAAGUGGUCUUUCUUCAAGGAACUGCUCUUUGAAGUUGAUGGGACUUUGUAUUACGUUCCUGUUGAUGAAGAUCGGUCUUUGGUGCAGAUGAAAAAGUACAACCGGCACACGAAACAGUGGCUGGAGUGUUCACCGUUGCACUUCGACGAUUUUGAAGACGGUGAUGACCCCCCUCAUGCACUGUCUUGCGGUUCACACAUCUAUCUCUUAGCAAACGAGGUCAUGCAUCGCUACGACCCGAGCCUGGACCAGUGGAGCAAGCGAACCCCACCGAUGGACAUGCCUGAACUCUCUACAGCCGUCGCCAUGGGAACAGAGAUUUUCUGCGCAGACGUUGACUUUACUGAUACCAUGGUGUACGACACAGAGUCAGACCGCUGGCAGAAACUGCGAUGCUUGCCAAACGCAGAAGACCUUGAUAUUGAUGAUCUUCCCUAUCUUUUCGUCUUGGAGAAUCAGCUCCACAUAUUGGUAACCGGUGCAUACAACGCACCUGUGGUAUAUGCGUAUGACAGGUCUGCUGAUUCCUGGAAAGACGUAGCCACCCUGCCCAAUGAGAGAUAUCAUGCGUAUGGUUGUUCUUCCCCUGUGGCACGUAUAUACCUACCAUAUCUUAAGGAGGCAUAAAAACACUACUUCUUGCGCGCACAUUUUUCAGCGUUGAUGUAAAUUAUAAUGAUCUAGAGAGCACUGUUCACUGGACCGUUAAGUUCAAUGAAAAUUUUGUUUAGGUCUCGGGUUUUGCCGAAUGCCUCCACUUUGUGAGAGGCCUUAUGAUAUCGCACUUUUAUACUUUUAUGUAGCAGUUUGAUCUUUGACAAAAGCCUUUGCUUUUUUCUUAUAAUUAUCGGACAUUUACGGAAUUGAAAUUGUGUUUCACGUAAGUGCCAAUUUGGGACUGACCGAAGUGAUUUCUUGUGUCUUCAGGUCUAACAACAGUUGUUAUAUCUUUCGUAAAACUUUGACAUUUUCUGUAGUUGUAUUGUAUUAUUAGAUUUCUAAUGUUACUUAUAGUGUGCUUAAUUUUGUAUCUGUUUUUUCGUACGUCAUAUACGUUAGCCUAACUAAAUCACACAGGUAGCAAACCUGACACUGGCUAGACCCCCCAGGGAGGGACUAGAUCCCUGGCUGGUGAAAUGUUGUAACGCCGUGAGGAAUGAUGAGGAUCAUACGGACUAACUUGUUAUAUGUUCUCUGAUCUUAACUCUUGCCAAAGAAGCUACUUUCAAUGUUAUACACAUUUAGUUAGAUUGCACCAGUUUUUAUGUUUCUAUAUAUCUUUUCGGAUCGAGUUUCAACAAUAAAGAUCUACUGAUAGGUACAAAUA